AUGGCAGUUCUGAACAGAUUUUUUCGUUCCGACAAGAACAGUGCUCAGGAGGUAUCAGUGAGUGGUAUUGACGUUCAACACAACCUAGUCGCAGAUGGAGAUCUCAAAUACACCAUCGAGCAGGCUGGUAAUGGAUCAUCUCCGAGCUACCAAGAAGUAUCAGGUGCCCCCGUCGAGGCAAAUUCACCUCUCGGCUAUUCGGUCGGGAGAAUCACAGUUGUGUUCCUGAAUAUCAGUAUGAUGAUUGGGACCGGUAUCUACUCUACUCCUGCCGGUAUCCUAUCCAGCGUCGGAUCAGUGGGCCUUGCGUUCAUAUACUGGGUGAUUGGGUUUCUGCUUUCUUCCAGUUCUCUGGCUGUCUACAUCGAGUAUGCCGCUUUCUUUCCGAACCGAUCUGGCUCCGAAGUGGUGUAUCUGGAACAAGCUUAUCCUCGCCCGAAGUGGCUCUUCCCCACCACGUUUGCGCUGUGGUACUUGAUCUUGUCUUUCAGCUCUAGCAACUGUAUCGUCCUUGCCCGGUAUCUUUUCGAGGUUAACGGCCACGUACCUACCCCAUGGGAACAAAAAGGUGUUGCGGUAGCUGGCUGGACGGUAGUCAUCCUGAUCCUUGUCCUCAACAAUCGCUUCGGAUAUCUGAUUUCCAAUGCUAUUGGCGUGGUGAAGCUCAUCACUUUGCUCUUUGUUAGCAUUACUGGACUUGUAGUCCUUGGGGGCCACACAAGGGUGAAGGAUCCUACGGCAAAUUUCAAAAAUGCUUUCUCAGGCACCUCACAUAAGCCUUAUGGUCUGACGCAAGCUCUGGUCAACAUUAUCUUCUCAUACGGAGGUUAUCACAAUUCUUUUAAUGUCGUGAAUGAGGUCAAGAAUCCCAUCAAGGUUAUGAAGAUAUACUCAUCCAUCUCGCUCCUCACUGUGGCGAUUCUAUACAUCUUGGCCAAUGUAGCCUAUAUCGCAGCCGUGCCUUUGGACGAGCUCAAAGCUUCUAACCAGAUUGCUGCCUCCCUCUUUUUCCAGAAAGUCUUUGGCUCGAGUGGUGCCGUCAAGGGACUUAACUUCCUCAUUGCACUCAGUGCAUUCGGGAAUCUGCUAGCUUCCAACAUUGGGUUAUCUAGGCUCACACGUGAAUGUGGCAGGCAAGGUGUCCUGCCUUAUCCUCGUUUCUGGGCCUCGGUAUGGCCUUUCGGGACACCUUGUGGACCCUAUUUGAUAAAAUAUGUGCUUACACUGGUCAUGAUCUUGGCUCCACCGGCAGGAGACGCUUUCAAUUUUGUCAAUAAUCUCCAGGUCUACCCAAACGCCAUAUUCAAUGUUCUCAUAGCGGUGGGUAUCUACCUUGUGCGCUGGAGACAUAAGAAGGCCAAUCUCCCGCGUGAAUCGUUCCGGGCUUGGGAUUUAGCAGUCUGGUUCAACAUUCUUGUGAACCUCUACAUGGUUGUCAUGCCUUGGUAUCCGCCUGGUAAAAGAGGGAGUAGCUUUGGCUUUUGGUAUGGUACCGCUUCGGUUACGGGUAUUGGGAUUAUCGCUCUAUGCGGCGUCUAUUACUGGCUGUGGAUCAUCGCAAUCCCAAAAUGGCAUGGCUAUCGAAUUCGCCAACAGGUAGAUACACUGGAUUCUGGUGCCAAUGCGCAUAAACUUGUCAAGGUUCCACUUGAUCAGGUCAAGGAAUGGGACGAAACCCAUGAUCCCACUGGGAAACUUAUUGCCGAUACACUACAUGGAGAACGCAAUUCGGAUAUCAAGAUAUAA